AUGCCACAAUGGAGUGAGAAGCAUCAGUUGCGAGAUGUCUUCCCCGAAAACGUCCCUAAAACUCGAAUCCUCGUCUACGUAUACGAGCCAGUCAUUACAUACAAGAACAACAAGAUUUCCAUCACCGGCCUGGCCAAGGGUUUGCUAGAGUCCUACAAGGCCUUUUUCGAAGCGACGCAGAUUCUACUCUCGUCAUUCCUAGCAAUCACUGCACCGGUUCGGACAUUUCAAAGACAACUCGUUGGCCGAUGA